AUGAGAAUAAUGAAAGGAUGGAAGGUAGUAGUACCAAUGUGUUUGAAAGGGAAAGUAAAGUUAACCAGUCAUUGUUCAAGAAGUACACCAGUUUAUCUCAAUGUAUAUGACUUGACGCCCAUGAAUGGCUAUGCAUAUUGGGCUGGCUUCGGUAUCUUUCAUUCUGGUGUGGAAGUUCAUGGUGUAGAGUAUGCAUUUGGCGCGCAUGACUAUCCUACCAGCGGUGUCUUUGAGGUUCAGCCCCGGGAAUGCCCAGGUUUCAGUUUCAGGAAGACGAUCUUCAUUGGGACUACAUGUUUGAGUCCUGAUCAGGUCAGGGAAUUCACAGAGCAUCACUCAGCAAGCUAUAAUGGCGAUACAUAUCACCUGAUUGCCAAGAACUGCAAUCAUUUCUGCGAAGAUAUCUGUUACAAGUUGACAGGAAAACAUAUUCCUAAAUGGGUCAAUCGACUUGCAAAAAUAGGUUCAAUCUUUAACUGCGUACUACCUGAAGCCCUCAGAAUAUCUCCAGUGCAACACGACCCCGAUUACCAAGUAUAUGACAGUGACAAGAAGAGGCUUAGAAGUAACUUCAGUAAUUGCCUCACUUCUGUCUCUACAAGGCAGAAACAGUUAUCAUCGUCGUCGUUGUUUAUACUGUCCCCUUCAAAAGGCUGCUUACCACCAUCGGAUUUAAGUAGGUCUGUUGAGAACCAGUCCAUCUAAAAGCAUAAGGUGUUAGAGGAAGCCCCCAAAUGGAUCUUAUGCUAUAUUUCAACACUUCCCCUCACUCGAAAUCUUGAGCUCUGUUGAGAACCAAUUCAUCUAAAACCUUAAAGUGUUAGAGGAAGGCCCAAAAUGGAUCUUAUGUUAUAUUUCAACAAGGUACGAUAAGGUUUUGCUGAAAUAAAGGUAGAAUUCUGCUGAAACAAAGGUAAGAUGGAUAGAUGUUUGAUCAAAGUCGUGUUUGACAAAUGUCGUGCUACUAGAAAUACAGAAAUACUGGAAUAGACAUCAGGCCUUUAACAUCGGUUAGAGUUGCCACUGAUCGGUCCAAAUAGGGUAACUGAUUCGUUAGCCUUCAACUAGGGAUAUAUUUGUAACAUUUGAAUUCUGUAUAAUGUUAAGAGGUUGAAUGCUCAAUUUUGCUUUCUUUA